AUGUUGUCCUCGCUGCGCAACCUAUCCAUGCGAGCCUACCUGCUGCAAGCGCUCAACUUUCUGACGGUCAUCUCGACGGCGCUAGCGCUGUGGAAAGGCCUUUCGGUAUGGUGCGAUACGGAGAGUCCAGUGGUGGUGGUGUUGUCGGGAAGUAUGGAGCCGGCAUUUUAUCGCGGAGAUUUAUUGUUCUUGAGCAUGCCGGAUGCCAAGAGAAAGUUCAAGGUGGGUGAUAUUACGGUUUAUAAAGUGCCGGGAGCGGAUAUCCCAAUUGUUCAUAGGGUGCUUGAGACGCACGAGUGAGUGUCCCGCGCGAUGCGGCGUGGCGCUCGACGAGACUCGUGCACUGUUGACAUAUCCUUUACCUCCCCCUCCACAAUUCAACGACAGCUUGCCAGAGGAGGAGGAUCAACUGCUGUUGACAAAGGGAGACAACAACUCGGCGGACGAUUUGGUGCUGUACAAUGGCACGAGACAUUUGAGGAGGAGCAAUGUGGUUGGAAAAGUCAAGGGAUAUAUGCCUUAUGUUGGGUGAGUAGGUGUCGCGAGUCUGGCUGGUGUGUGGUUUGUGGAAGCUGGCAGGCAGGCAGGCAGGCGGGUGAGAAGGCAAGAGCUGCAUUGGCAAACAUCUUGCCACAGUCGCACAGACGCCCACCCGUAGCAAACAGCGCACGCUCGCUCGCAUAGCUUGAAUGCGACACGCGACACGCGACAUGCGACACGCAAGCUUCAUCUCGCCCUCCCCCACCAUGCUCACACUCGUUUGCCCCCCGACUCUCAAACAGGUACGUGACGAUUGCGCUCAACGAUUAUCCGAAGCUCAAGUACUUGUUGUUGGGAGGCUUGGGCCUAUCUUUGCUCUUGCAGAGGGAGUAA